AACUAAGUUUCGCUGUUGCUACAAAGGCUAUAAUUUAUUUGGUUGAAAAUUUGAUUAACGGUCGAACUUUUUAAUGUUUGAAAAUGGAACUUCAUAAUCUAGAUAUUAGGACUUGGAAAGUGAAAAAUUAUGCAACCAUUGAUAGCAAAACAUCAUCAGCGAGUGACGAUGUUUUAAUUAACAAAAAACUAUUAAAAACCACUUCGCGUAAAUCUACAAAAUUGGAUCAACCUCAGAGAAUCUCGUCGCAAGAAACAAUCAUUACAUCUACUUGUGAAUGUCUUUCUCCUCAUGAACUGAGUGACUUUUCAGAAUCUGAUGAAUCAAUCGGAACCACUUCAUGGGAACGGUCUAUUUCACAGGCAAGCCAGUGUCAAAAACUUGUGCGUAACAGGAGAACUGUUUGUGAGGAAAGCAUGAAUCCAAUAAUUUCAAAAUCUCCAGAGAAAAUCAACGUUACACAAGAUGCUAUUUUAAUAUUCAGUCAACUGUUAUGCCAUCAACACUUCCAGUAAAAUGGAAACCACCUGAUAAAAUAAUCAUGAUCU